UGCCAGUUAUCGGCAUUUCUCUCCUCACGAGCUGUCACACUGACAGCUCAGGGGACAUGUACACUGAUCAUCAGUGUAGCCCCAUCAGUGUCAUCUGUCAGUGUUCAUCAAUGCCACCUGCCAGUGCCUACCAGUGUACAUCAAUGCUGCAUAUCAGUGCACAUCUGAGCUGUCUUUCAGUGCCACCUAUCAGUGCCAGUCAGUGCUGCCUAUCGGUGAUGCCAAUCAGUGCCACCUAUCAUUGCCAGUCAGAGCCACCUAUCAGUGUCAGUCAGUGCCGCCCAUCAGUGCCAGUCAGUGCCACCUAUCAGUGCCACCUGACAGUGCCAGUCAUUGCCGCCUAUCAGUGCCAGUCAGUGCUGCCUAUCAGUGCCACCUAUCAGUGCCGCCUAUCAGUGCUAUAUAUGAGUACUGCCUUUCAGUGCCCAUCAGUCAAGCCUGUCAAUGCCCAUCAGUGCCACCUACCAGUGCCUCCUCAUUAGUGCCUAUCAGUGCCACCUAUCAGUGCCCAUCAGUGCAACAUAUCAGUGCCCAUCACUGCAACCUCAUUAGCACACAUCAGUGAAGGAGAAAAAUCCCUUAUUUACAAUUUUUUUUAACAAAAACUAAGAAAAACAUUUUUUAAAAAAAUUUCAGUUGUUUUUGGUUUAUUUAACAAAAAAUAA